CCUGUGGGUUGCGUCCAGCAACGGUCAGCGGCUAGCGGUCAAAUGUUUUUGCUUCCUGUGGAUCGGCCUUGUGCGCGCGCGCUCUCGCCCACAAUCAAACUCAAAAGCAUAGAAACUCUAUGCUUAACGCUCUCCGGGCGCUCUUCAAACUAGCAAAAACACGCUGUUUUUAGCUACGUUUGCUUGCUUGUGGCGAGUACACCCACCCACCCUGCUGCACUGAAGCGGCCAACCGCGCGCUGUUCACCGCUCGCCGUUCGCUUUGCUAACGAAUACUCGCGUAGAGAGCGCGCAAGGCUUGGCGUACGAAUUGUUAGCCUACGUUUUGUGCGGCGCUUUAAUGUUUCGUUUGUUUUGUUGCAAGCCGCUGGCAGCGCCGCUUCCCGCGUCCUCAUCUGCAGUAGCCAUCAGCAACGAACCAUCGGCGACUGGUGUGACACUCGUCAGAGGAUGUAUCGUUGACGUACAUUGGCGCACAAGCACACGUAGCACAUACAUCUACAUAUAUAUGUAUGUAUAUUUAUAGACAAAAGAGUCAGCAAAACCAUGGCACCGGUUGUUGAAACUUACCUGCAGGAUAUAGCCCAGAAAAUCACAAUACGUGAUGAGGAUAGACCAGUGUAUACGAAAGACUUCGACAUUAUACGAGAUCAUAUCUUGAAUGGCAUGUGCGAAGUGGACAAUGUUUUUAAUAUACUCUAUAAAGGACCAAGCCUGUUUGGUAGCUACUCAAAUAAUGUGCGCAUCAAGUAUCCCAACGAAUUCGAUGUAAUAUUCAAACUUAGUAUGCCUUAUUCAUCAUAUAUUAAUGUGGAGGAGGAUGAAGAUCGUCCGGGUUUUGUCAACUUAGAUUUUGCAGAUAUUAUGGAAGUGCUUUACAAUUGUAACGGUUAUACGGAUGUAUAUAAUCAAUUUUAUGACCUUGUUGAUUGGAAUAACCAUUACCUUAAUCGUUCGAGUCUGCAAACCUGGCUUAAAGGUGUUAUGGAAGAUUGCUUGGAUAUAAAUGGUGAUCGGGUGCGUGGCAAUUGGGGUGAUAUAUAUACAUUGAUAUAUACAAAACGUGGACUAGCACAUACGAUAUAUGCUAAAUGCGCUAAACGCGCGAUUUCGAUUGACUUUGUGCCGGGUAUCUGCUUCGGCACUGCUGAGUGGAUCGACGUCAGACAUUGUCGUAAAUUCAGGAAUAAAUGUGAACAAUGGUACGCCGUUCCGAAGCCCACAUCUGGCUCACAGGAGACGCGUCGCUAUGCCUUUAUGAUAUGUAAUCCAAAGUGGAGCACGAUCUUUAUUGGGAAAUCAGAAUUUGAAAGUAGUAUUUCGUCUCUUAAAAUCAUUGCGUAAUGCAUAUGGCAUGCGUUGUUUAAAGAGUUAUUU